AUGGCUAAGCACUCAACAGUCAAACCGGCAGCAAGUGCGGUCAACGGCCUUACUGACACUAACGAUGUGCAAGUUAAUCCUCUAAUAAAGACGGAAUCGGAAACGGAUGGAGCCAGUGAGGCAGCGCUCGAGCCAUAUUCUGGAGCUGGUGCAGUGUCGUCGUCCUCCGGUGGUACUGAAGAUCAGUAUCAAGAUUGCAGGGUCUAUGUAAGCAAUAUACCGUUCAACUUUCGCAGUCGAGAUCUCAUCGGAAUGUUUUCGCCGUUUGGAAAAGUGUCUAGUGCCGAGAUCGUAAUGAACGAACGUGGCUCGAAAGGUUUUGGAUUCGUCACGCUCGACUCGAAGCAGAGCAGUGAGGCAGCACGAAGUGCCCUAAACGGUACCGUAGUGAAUGGACGAGUUAUUGAGGUUAAAAAGGCGACCGCGAUGCCACCUCGUCGCAAUUUCACCAUCAAUCGCCCUCAACCACCUCCAGCACCAGGGCCAAGCGUCCUUAUACCGCCAGGGCGUACUGAUUUAUUCAGUUCCAGACAGCUCCCUCAGGUUCAGCCGCGCUCUUUCGUCUACAGCAGUCCUGCCGAACAACUUAAUUCUCUGCUUGUAGCACAGAAUCAACUAGCCAUCAUCAAUCCAAUUCCACACAAUGAAAUGCCAUACUCGACUUUGUUUGUUCCUCAGCAGUUCUCUCCUUAUCUCCAUCAGCAUGCUGUUGCAGCUAAUGGUAUACCAGUAUCUCCUAUGGGAUUUUCACCGUUUCCGCUGCAGUUCUUGUACACUACGCCAUCCACUCCUAUCGGCACUCCAGCUUCAAAUCAAUCUCUCAAUGCUGCCCUCGUGCCAUUUUCAACUCCUGGUUUCACUUAUGCUCCUACCCCAAAUGUCAAUCAGGCUGGCGUUUUCAUUCAGCCUCCAGUGCCUUGUAACCUUGCUCAAGAUCUAUCAAAUAAUGCCAAAGGGUAUCUGGACUUACUGGGAUCAUUUGGCGUAGGAAAUGGAGUAGCUCCAUCGUCUGAAAAUGUGAGUAAUUUGGCGCAAUGUACUCCAACACAAACUCUUCGCUCACUGGACCAGUCAUGUGUCAUUGACACUUCUCUUCAUGGGGAACCACUAAAGGAAGGGCAGUUUGGACCUAUUGGAAGGGCAGUACCACCUGGUAACGUCAGUUUGAGUUCUUCCACCAACGACUUUCCCACGCAGUCUUCUGUCACGCGUGAUGCGCACCCUUUUGGAUGCCCUUCUGGUAAUGAAUCUCUGUAUACUAUACCCGUUUACCACCACUUCGAACCCACAACCGACCGUAAUGCUCGGAAACGCCUUAGCACUCUUGACGGACAUCAUCUGAACAACAAACUGGCGAAACCCGGAUGA